AUGCCGCCAAAGAAGAACAACACGAGUUCUUCUUCAACAGAGGUCGCCGACGACGCUAUAGGGCAGCAGAUCCGGGAGGUCCUGGACCGUCUUGUCGAGCACGACCAGCAGCUUCAUGCCAUUGGAGAUGACCGCAACGUGAUCCUGGCAGAUAUUGGCCAGCUCAAGGAGUCGCAGAACCUGCUCCAGAUCGAGGGUCGCUAG